ACCUGUGUGCGAACGAGGAUUGCGGGGAAGGCACCUGCGCUGUUGAUGUAGACAAUGACAUACCGCUGUGCGUGUGCAAGGACGGUUUGGUAUUCGACGACGACCACAAGACAUGUGUUGUGGACCCGUGUACCAGCGGGGUGUGUGGGGUAGAGGCUUCCUGCACCACUCUCGGUCCGACCGAGUUCCUGUGCAAUUGCAACAAGGAAGGCUUUGCCUUCAACGAGGCGGACAAGACGUGCUUUC